AUGCCAUCAGAUCUCUUGUGUUGUGAGGUUGUGUCGGGUAACCUUCGGGGAAGGUUAGGCCGCCAGAUCUCUUUUGUGUGUGAGUACUGGGCAAGAUGGACAGCUGAGUCUGGAUCGUCGAGUUCAGAACCGUCGAGCAAUUCGGAGCACUGGAUCGUAGUGACGGACUUGGAACAGCAGACACUAACAGAUCAUGAUAGCAGCAGUGAUUGGGACGAGGACGUAUAUCUUAUGCCGAGAGACAACGUGCAGCCCAGCACAACGGUGAAUGAGUAUGGCGAACACAUGACAUGGCCAGUACAUUACCCUGAGGAGGAGAGAGUAGUGCCAUCUACCCAAUCAUAG